AUGUUGCUCGGACGGAGUCUGCCGCUCAACGUGCAGGCGCUGAUAUGCUCGUACUUGCCAAGACGAGCACAGACGGCACUCUGGCGGGCAGCGCGACCUUCUGCCGGCCUCUUCGUCUCGACCACCGUCUCCCUCUCGUCGACGACCCCUCUCUUUGCCGACCCUGUUCCGACGUCGACCACUCUCCGCCUCGCAGAAGAAGCUCGAAUCGCCUCGCACUCGGUAUUCGAAGAUGACGACCCCGAGUACGAGAACGUCCCUCUCUCGCGACUCGACAAUCCACCUGUCCCUCGCUCGCCAGACGACUCCCUCCUUUCCCUCCUGCGUGCCGGCCAAUGGGGCGAAGCUGCCACAUUACUCCACGAAUUGCGAGACGUCUCGCAUCAGUCCAUCCCUCCUCGCUACGACUUUGCGACCUUCGCCCUCGCCGCUGAACGCGACAUCGCGGCUCACACGACCGAUCGAACGUGGUUAGAGUGGUGGAAGCUGGCGCCGUGCGUGACAGACCGGACGCACGAUGAGGUGAUCAACUUGCGAGGUGCGGACAUGCGCAUGGCCACGCAGGCGGAGCGAAUCGUCAAGCGGAUCCUCGAGGCGCCAGAUCUCGCCGUCGAAGCGGGCGCAGCGGACGCCUCGAUCGACUGGCAGCUUCUCGAAGAUUUUGCGGCGGUCCUUUCGCAGCAAGGACAUGCUCGAACUGUGGCGGCACACAUCUUGCCAACGUUCGCCUGCUACGGUUCGCCGGCUGCGUUCGAGCGCAUCUUCCGCACCGCCCUAGCAUCCGUCGCCGACCUCAAAGAUAGAUAUACGCCCGAGGGCGCCUACCUCUACUACGAACCGGCUUUGGGCGCGUCUGUCAAGGAGCGCUGGGAUGAGAUGGUCGAGCAGCACCCGGCCGAUCCUGCAGGACGGCAAGCACAGGUCUCGCUCAUGCGCCAUUGGUGGGCCGGUCGCUGCGAGCGCGAGCUGAAGGAGUUGAUCUACGCGCGCUCGAGGGCCGUUACGACGUUCCUCCGGCUCGGCAAACUCGACGCAGCCGUCGACCUCGUCCUUGCCUUGCCCGACGUGCAGCGCAUCUCGCCCUCGACGCGCAUCGACGUUGCGAAGCCGAGCUACCUCGAGCUUCUCGGCACUCUCGCCCAGUACGGAUGGUUCGAAACGUUCGAGCAGGUCUACCAGUCGUUCCUGGACGGCGGACGGCGGUUGAUCCGGAUUGACAAUCCCGGCCCGGCGAUGCGAUGGCCCUUCUACGUUCGUUCUUCCCGCUACAAGACGGGCCAACCUUUGUACUCGGCACGCGAGGCGUUCACGUCGUUCCGGUACCAGACUACUGUCACCUCCAUCGAGGAAGGACCGAUGGCGACGCAGGAGCAGGCGCUCAGCAUGGGCUCCGACUCGCCAGUCGAAGAGGCGGAAGACUCGGUUGGGAAUCAGCGCAGCGAGACGAUUCUCCGGCUGGUCGAGGAGGACCGCUUCGAGGAGUCGGCUGCGGCCGUCGCGCAGUACGUCCUGCUCGACACGUCGCUUCCGUCGGCCAACGCCCUCGCAACAUGGAUCGACUACGCCCGAAGUCUUGCCGCCAACUCGCGUGAAGCGGCGGACGUCCUGGCGGCGGUCGAGGAACAGGCGUGCGGGCGGCUAUUGCAGCGGACGUUCUGGUACAACGCCGAGAUGCUCUCCUCGCUGCGGGCAGAGCGGUACUACGAGGUGCUGCGGCUGUACCUACAAGCGUUCGACGUGACGGCGCUCCCUCGAGCCGCACGGUACGCCAUCUGGUCUCGCGUACAACAUCGUAUCUACUCGCACUGGCGGACUAGGAGCCGGCUGGUCCCUCAGGCCUACACUGUCGCCGUCCUCAUGCAGGCGCUGGUCGGCUUCAUCGAGAAAGAGGCGGCAGGCUCUAGCCGCGCCUUCGUCGAAGACGCGGGUCAACUGAUCGAGGCCAUCUACAUUGGACUCAAAGACCCGAACCAGAUCUCGAUGGUUGCGCCCAAACGAGCGACGGCAACCGCGACCUCGGACCUCGACGCGCCGGUCCCCCUUGUCCCGCACAAUCCGUACACCUUCAUUCCCUUCCUCCUCUACCGCUGGCACAAGGAGCUGCCGCCCCUCUGCGUCCUCGCCAUCCUCAGCGACAUGCAGAAACUCGGCAUCCGCCCGGAAGCGCCGCAUUACUCGAUCGUGCUCAAUUCGUUCGCCAAGCUGGGCGACUCGCCGUCUGUCGAAAGGCCGAACACGGCGCGACGAGGUUCCGCCGACCUCCUCUACCUCCUCUCCGUCUUCGAUCCUGAGACGUUCCCCCUCGAGCCGUCCGUUGUUCAGGCCGCCUCACCCGCCGUCGUUUCUUUCGCCCGCACCGUCCCACCUCCCGCCACGCCUCUCCCCGUCCACACGUACACCGGCAUCAUUGCGGGCUUGCGGCUACGCUCAGAGCGUGCGACGAUCGUCAAGGUGGUCAAGCAGUUGGCCGAGCGAAGAAUGGAGGACGUCCAGCAGUGGGCGCGCGAGGACGAGCGGUUCAGGGAGGAGUUGCGGUCGCUCAAGGGUGCGAUUGAACCUGUAGAGAAGAGGUGGUGA